CCGAUUUGCGACUGCCUGCUUCAAUGUCUGUCAUGUCUAUUUUCAAUUAAUUUUCCACUAAAGAAGGUAAUUAAGUUAAGUUAUUCAAUACGCAAAUAUUAAAGAUAGCGCACUAUUUUACUAAGCCUUGUGACAAAGAAAAUAUAAUCUACGUAAUAGACGUAAACGGAAUCACAAAAUAUUGAUUGUUGCCUAUCCAAUGAGAUGACAAAUAAUGUCAAGUGUGUUUUAAUUUAUCAAUAAAAACUUGCUGUUAAACCUAAACGGUGACAAAAACAAACGGAAUGAAUUUGGAUAACUCUUCAAGAGAAAAUUCCGAAGCAUUAGAUUCCAUCGGUACAGUGAGCCCUCGGGAGAAGUGUCACGGCAUGAGGGAGAAAAAGUUAUCGACGGCGUCACUCACGAACACCGAGGGGGCGCGGCCGAAGGUGGUGACUGUGAAACAUCCCGAGUCCAACAAGCCCAAGCCCACCGCCAAGAAGAACAAGCCCAUACAAGCCGAUCUCGAUGUUAUCAAAGAGUUCGUGCGAUGCCGAGAAGAGGGGGUGCGCAGACUCGAUCUCAGUAAGUCCUCUAUCACAUCUCUGCCUCCAAAUGUCCGCGACCUGACUCACCUGGUCGAGUUCUAUUUAUAUGGAAAUAAGCUGGUGGCCCUACCAGCAGAGUUUGGAUGUUUAACUAACCUUCAAACGUUAGCAUUAAACGAGAACUCGCUGACCAGCCUUCCAGAUUCCCUCGCUAAUUUACGAUGUUUGAAGGUUUUAGACUUACGUCAUAACAAACUCAGUGACAUACCUGAAGUUGUGUAUAAACUUACUUCACUUACUACAUUGUUCUUACGUUUCAACAGAAUCAGAGUGGUUUGUGAUGGCAUAGCCAACCUAACAAAUCUUACUAUGUUGAGUUUAAGAGAAAAUAAAAUUAAGGAGCUAAGUUCCGGUGUUGGAAAACUUGUUAAUCUGGUCACCUUUGAUGUGUCCCACAAUCAUCUGGAGCACCUGCCCCAGGAAAUUGGGAAUUGUGUAAACUUGUCCACUCUAGACCUACAACACAAUGAUCUCCUAGAUAUACCUGAAACUAUUGGAAACCUCCAGUCACUGACACGCUUGGGCUUGCGUUACAAUAGAUUGACGGCCAUACCGUCCACUCUAAGCAAUUGCAAACAUAUGGAUGAAUUUAAUGUAGAAGGUAAUUCCAUAUCUCAACUCCCUGAAGGCCUCCUUUCCUGCCUCAAUGAACUCACCAGUAUCACUCUAUCCCGUAACUCUUUCGCUAGUUACCCUGCCGGAGGACCUGCACAGUUCACUAAUGCUUUCUCUAUUAACUUGGAACACAAUCAAAUUGAUAAAAUCCCAUAUGGUAUAUUCACAAGGGCUAAGAAUUUAACAAAGCUUAAUAUGAAAGAAAAUUUAUUGACCUCGCUGCCACUGGAUGUUGGUACCUGGGCCAACAUGGUGGAGUUGAACCUGGGCACUAAUCAGUUAACAAAGUUACCUGAUGACAUACAAUGUCUUCAGAACUUGGAAGUGCUUAUACUCUCUAAUAACUUGCUAAAAAGAAUUCCCCCUAGUAUUGGGAGUCUUAGAAAACUGCGGGUUUUAGAUUUGGAGGAGAAUAAACUUGAAGUGUUGCCAACUGAAAUAGGAUUCCUCCAGGAUUUGCAAAAAUUAAUAGUACAAUCUAAUCAAUUGACAACCCUGCCUCGCUCACUUGGGCAUUUGACUAACCUGACGUCACUGAGUGUGGGGGAGAAUAAUUUACAGUAUUUACCAGAAGAAAUUGGCACUCUUGAGAACCUAGAGUCGCUAUAUUUAAAUGACAAUCCCAAUUUAUGCAAUCUGCCAUUUGAACUGGCUUUAUGUGUUAGUCUACAAAUCAUGAGUAUUGAGAACUGUCCAUUAACUGCCUUGCCCCCUGAGGUGGUUUCCUCUGGCCCGUCCCUUGUCAUCCAGUAUUUGAAGUCCCAGGGUCCCUAUAGGGCGAUGUGAUAUCAAGAUGAUUGUUUACCAGCCAGUGAGGGCACUUAAGCUUCACUUGUAUUUGAGGGGUAAACUUCCAGGCAAGUUCCAAGUAAAAAUGUAUACUCAAUAUCCUUUUUAUGGUUUGUAAAACAUGUUUUAUUGUAAUAAAAUAGCAAGAUUAUAUGUAGUAUUAACUGUUAGGAAUUUUCUAAUAACAAUAGGUAGAAGGAAAAUGAAAUUUAAUAUAAUUUCCUUGAUUAAAUAAUUCCAAUAUAAACUACCUAUGUAUGACUAAAUUGUUUCGAGCUUCCUUGAGAAUAACAAAUAGUUAUGUUAAGCAUUAGAUCUUCCCAAACUACUGUUUAUUAUUUUAAUAUGUGUAUUAAAGAUACAGUUAUACCUUUUUAAAUGAUGUUGAUCAAUGUAUAUAGAUAUUGUAAUUUUUAUUUAUAUGAUAAUUUUAAAAUGUUAUUUCUCUUAGCUAACAAUAAAAUAAAAUAUGUAUACUGUCAUUUAUGUAAUUGCAGAUGAUUUUUUUUGUUACAUUAUCAUUAUGUAAGCACAAUUAUUAGUUUCAAUCAAUUUAUAUAAGCAAAUGUCAAAAUAAUGAUUAUCAAUAUUAUCAUGCUGCAAACAUAUAAAAAUAAUCUUAUCUUUUUCUACACUUUUUGUGUAUAUGAAGUUGAAGUGUAUUUGUAGUAUUACAACAUCAUGAAUCAUGAUGUCAGCAUUUGCAAAUAGCUCAUGAAAGUAUGUUAAUGAUGUGAUGAGUCAUGCAUAAUUGUGAAGUUCUUAUUGAUCUUCCCUUAGUAAUAUGUUGUAACCAGCCGGAUCUCAACACUUUGUCAUGUGUAGAAUAAGUUUGUGAAAAUCAUUUUGUUUACUGAUAGAAGUACAUAAUAAGUGUCAUAGUAGAACUUGCAUAUGUUUGUAUAGCUGUCUUUGAUGUUAUUUCGAUAGUACUGUCUAUAUUUAACAAGCAUUUGAAUAUUUUGAAUUAGUUUAAUAUCCCUUGGUAUGAUAGUAGAUAGCAGGAAAUGAGCUUAAAUUUUUAUUUAAAUAUUAAAUUCAAGGAUGUAGGAAUUGUCACUCAUGCCCCUCCUUCUUAUUUUCAUUCCCAACUCCUCAGCUUAUAGCCCGAUUCACGCUUCUGAAACUAGGUACUCCAAAAUUUUUCAGCCUUACGUUUCUCCAGAUUCUUUAAGUAUACUAAGUUAGUUAAGGUAUUUAUUGAUUUUUUGUCACAAUUUAUUUGUUGUGAAGUUGUGUAAGUACUAUCAUAAAUGUUGAUAGGUGUGCUGUCCUAUUUUAUUGCAUUUAUUUUCGUAUUCAUUAUAGUUAAUUAAGUAAAUACUAUAGAUGAAUAUAGAUGUGUAUAUGACAUUUUGUUAAGAAUAAAUGUGUAAUUCAUAUGAUUUGUGUAAUUGUUGGAUGGGAUAUGUUCUAUUCUCACAUCACAAUGUUUUAUUUGCUAAUAAUCUUUAUCAGCUUUACUGGCUCUCUUGUCCAGAGCGUGAAUGCGCACAUGUUAUGGUAAGACUUGUAAAAUAAAUUAUAGUUGUGCAUUUGGUCACAUUUUGCUUUAAGUUCAAUAAUUUACUAUGUUAGAUAUGAUGUAAAUUUUAUACUAGUCAUUGAGUUUUUGGUCUAUAAAAAAUAUAAAAAUAUUUUACUACUACUACUCUGAAAACUAUAAUGGUCAUAAUCAUAAGUAAUGAUAUGAAAAGGCAUGUUUGUGGUACUGUACACUUGCUGCAGAAGAAAGUCCAUCAGCACAUUUUUGACUCAGAAGGGUCUGAACAUUUUUGGUACCUUAUUCCAACGCAAUAGGGUUGAAACUGUUAUGUCGUCGAUCAUACUGUUGUAGGCACUAGGAAUGUUUAAUUUAAGCCAGUCAAAUUUUGAAUCUUUGGAGGUCAAAUGGGAGGCAUAUUUACUCUAGGGCUAAAAAGAGCCAUGGCCUUGAGGCGGCGGCCUGUUAGGAUUUAGUUACCGGAUGAUUGUUCUCUUAAAUUGUGCUCUAAUUGCAUUUAUAGCGGUAUUUUUAUUCCUAUUGGGUCUAGCAAUUACAGACAUGACAUUGUUGUGAGGCUAUAUGUUUUCUCAUGUUUAAAAUUUGUACCUAUACUUAACCAAUAUAAUCCAAUGCAAUUAUAAUUAGAGAAAAUCUAUAUCAUACUUUGUUCAAGACCGAAAUACUGACUUCCAGUAGUAAAAUGUUAUUAGAACGUAUAUUUCUCUGGAUGUUUAAGACAGUAAAUGUUUAUAAUUAAUAAUUAAGACAAUUAAGAUUUCAUGAAAUCCAUAACUUUGCUUUGAUCCAAAAUUUUAUUAGGGAAGUGCCCCGUUACAAAGAUAUUGAAUGAAGAGUCUUCAAAUAAAACUUGUUCUAAUAAUGUUGAUCCGUGUUUAGACUGUUUAGGUAACAAUGUUUUGAAUUUAUGUAAACAUGAUUAUAUUAUAUAAAAUAAAAUAUGAUUAUA